CCUCCCACGCCUCCCAUUCCUCUCCCAUCACAUAAUGUCCACUAUAAAUACUAUAGAUGGUAGUACAAACCAUGAUUCUGAAAUUUCAAAAUUCCCACAUACUUCAAGAUUCUUUAAUACGAAGAAUUUACCUGAUUUAAGAACAUAUCAAUUCACGAGGGAUAAUAAACCAAUCCUGCUCAAUGGUCAAUCUACCGGAAUCAAUUAUAAUCCUUAUAAUCAUCCUCAACUGAAAACUAAAGCCAAUAUCCCUUUGGAUUUUUAUAAUCUCCCCACCAAAAUAUCCAUCAAUCAUACUCCCAUAAAAAGCGAACAACAAGAUAGUGUAAGUGGACGGGAAAUACCUUAUUAUGAAUUGAAUGAUCAACAGAGUAAAGAUCCCAUUCGAUUCAUUGAAAGUGUGGCGGAUGAAGGAAAGAACUACGGAGCAGUUAAAAUCAAAUUAAACGAAUUAGAUCAUGUAAAGUUAAUUAAAUCAAAGAUUCAAAUUAAUUCUGAUUUAUUUUGGUUUGAAACUAAUAAAUUAUUAAAUAAUCCUAAUCAAAAUGAAUUAUUAAAUCGAUUGAAAUUCCAACAUGAAUUAAUUGAAUUCCAUUGUUUAUACGCUUCAGAAAACGAUCAUACUCCCCCUCCAUCGAAAACCAGCACCAUCACCACAGAGCAAACCACAAUCACUACCCCUUUGGCCAUCAAGAAGGAGUUCCCUAAUACUGCUAUGUCACCAUCAUCUAUAAAUCGAUUACUCAAUAGUCCAUCUCCUGCCAUACGAGAAAAUUCCAUCGUUACGACUCCUUCAACUCAUAUCAAUGAUAGUGAAACUGAUCCAUCUUCAUCAUCAACAGCCCAUACUCCCACCAGCACAGCCAAUACAUUCGAUAGUCCGAAGAGGAAGCCUAUCCCUCCAUUCUUAUUGAAAUUACCUAUGGUGGAUAAACGUCCCUUGGAUGUCUAUAAAUUGUUCCGAUCGGUUAUGAUUCGAGGGGGGUUUCUGGAAGUUAUAAAUAAAAAAUUAUGGGCUCAAAUAGGACGAGAAUUAGGAUAUAAGGGGAAAAUCAUGACUAGUUUAAGUAGUUCUUUGAAAUCUUCUUAUCAACGGAUUUUAUAUCCCUUUGAAUUAUAUCUUCAAGAUUCAAGGAUGAAAAGUUCGAUUAUGAAACUUGAAUCACAUAAGAGAGAGGGUGAUGAGAGUAUAGAGGGUGAGCCUGAUUUAAAGAAAGUUAAGUUGGAUAAUGGCAGUUCUGCUCCGUUGAUAUUAGGUUCAGCUAAAGAAUUUAAACGUUCAAUCAAAAGUAAAGGUUCUAAAGGGUUUAUUAUAAAUUCUCCUCAUUUAGUAGAAGUUAAACCUCCUAAUACAUUUGUCAUUAAAUCAGAAGAGAGUACAACUUCAACCUCAACAUCAAAGAAGAAUCGGAAAUCAGCAGAUAAGAUUGAAACUCCGAUAUUACCCCAAUCUCAAUUAAAACGAUCAUUGAAAUUCCUUAUUGAUAAUCAAUCUCAUUUAGAAGAUAAAUCCCGUAUGAAAUCAAAUAUAAACUCAUCAUUCUAUACAUUACGACAAUUCAUGGAAAAGGAUCUUAAAUUCCAAGAAUUCAUCAUUGAGAAUCAUCCUGAUAUAUUCAAGAAUGGAUCCUCAAGUCAUCCCCAUCAUAAUCAUCGUCACAAUGAUUAUUCAAAUUGUAAUAAUAAUAACAAUGGAUACGCCCAUGAUAAUGAUCGGAAAUCAAUUGAUAUUUCUCAAUUAGAAGAUUUAUUCCUUAAAUUCAUCAAUAAUCAAACUAAAUUUGAUUCAUUAGGUAUGGAUGAUGGAUUAGAAUUGGAAUGUGGGAUCGAUAUUCCAAAUUAUAUUAAUGGAUCUGCCUUCGUUCAAUUAGGUGAUGAUGUGGCCAAAUAUAAAAGUAGUCUUCAUAAUUUAACCAUUAUGAAUUCUACUACUAAAGCGACGAAUGCCGCCAUGAAUGCCGUUAUUGGCAGGAAUGAAAGUAAUAAUGGAAAUUCUAGUAAUAUCAAUAAUCCAAUCAAUCAAAUGACAAAUGUAAAUGAUGCAGCAUAUUUCAAUUCACCAGAAUAUAUUUCAAAUAUCAUCUCAUCCGCUUUAUUUCCUUGGAAUUUACAUAAUUUACCCAUUUUACCCAAUUCAUUAUUUGGAUCGUUCACUGAUUCCGAUCUUAAUAAUAAAGAAUUAGUCAACUCAAGAUUAAAUAUUGGCAUGACGUUCAGUUUAAAUAAUUGGACAUGUGAAGAUCAUUUCACCAAUUUAAUCAAUUAUCAAUUCUUUGGAGCGGUUAAACGAUGGUAUUUCAUUCCGGAACUGGAUUUCACUAAAUUUGAACAAUUAGUGAAAGAUAUAAAUGAUGCUGAAACUACGAGAUUGAAUAUUAAUAAUAAUGUGAAUUGGCAAGUUGAUCAAUUAAAACAAUAUUUUGUGGAUCAUCCUUUUGUCGAUUAUGAUAAUUUAAUCAUAUCAUUGGAAAAUAUGAUUAAUCCCAUUUCAGAUUCAAGAUCUUCUCAUAUAAAUAAACAUUUCCAAUCUUUAAUUGAUUUAAAGACGAAUAAUAAUCAUCCUUUAAAAUUAAAUCAAGAAUUCUUUAUCACUCCUCAAUUACUUUCAGAACGAGGAAUCAAAUUCACUACUACAUUACAAAAACCAGGUGAAUUCAUUAUGAAACUUCCCAAGACUUAUUCUGCUUGUGUAUCUUAUGGAUUCAAUUUAAGCGAAGAAGUGAAUUUCGCUACUAAGGAUUGGUUAGAUUAUGCCUUGGAAGCCGAAACAUGGUUAUCAAAUCAAAGUAUCAUACCUAAUUUCCUGACAUUUAAAUUAUUAAUUAAUUUAAUUCAAAUUUAUGAUUCAGGGCAAAAUAUUGGAUUCAGUUCGGAAAUUUAUAAUAAGAUUCGUCCUAUGUAUGAUGAAUUACUUGAGAAUGAAUUAGAAUUACGGAAUAAGAUUCGGAAAUUAAAAAUCAAAGAAGUUUCUAUCGAUGAGAAACAAUUCCUGGAGACAGAUAUGAUAGCAGAUGAUGAUUUACUGAAUGUAUUCCCUUCAAAAGUGAUUGUGAUUGAAAUUAAAACCAAACAAUCAUUCAUUAUGUCCAUGGCAAGCUUUUUACAAUAUCAAGAGAUGAAUAAAUUGGAUCCAAAAUUAUAUAAUUUCGAAUUACAUUUGUUUUAUUCCGAUGAUAAAUUAAGAAAUUUAGCUAAAUUAUUAAGUAAUUAUUCGAUUGAUUAUCAAAGUUGGAUGAAGAAAUAUAUUGAAUUAAUGCAAGAGAAUUCAGAUGUAUCGUUGAAAUCAUAUCGUACAUUAUUAAGUGAAGGUGAAAGAAUCUUAUCUGCCAUUGAAUCAACCACGACUUUAAACAGUACUGAGGAGUCAAUUAAACCAGAUGAUGAAUUUGAUUUAUUCAAAAGUUAUAUUAUCAAUCUUCGUUAUUUCAUUAAUAAAUCAAAUGAAUUCAUUGAAGAGUGUCAACAUUUAUUAUCCAUAAAACAUCAACAACGAAUUAGAAAUGGGAAUGAAUAUCGUCAAUCAUCUGAUUUAAAAGAUUUAUUCAAAUUAGUAGAUAAAAUCCCUAAUUUGAAUUUCUCAUGUACAGAAAUUGAUCAAGUUUUAGAAUUUAAAAAUGAAAUUGAAAAUUUCGAUAAAGCAUGUCGAACCUUACUUUCAAAAAAGAAUAAGCCAAUUCAAGAAUUUGAUGAUUUAAUUAAUCUCGGUGAAAGUUUUGGUCUUGAAAUCCCAUCUUUAACUUUCAUCACUCGAAUUAGAGAUCGAUUAAAUUGGAUUAAAGUUUAUAAUUUGAUUCAAAAGGGAGCUGAUCCCUUGGCAGAUAAGAAAGAAGUAUUCACGUUUGAUAAACUUCAAGAAUUCUUUAAUAAAGGAUUAUCAAUCUUAUCUAAAGAAGAUCUUGAUAUGAUAAAGGAUAUCGAAUUGAUUGUUAAUAAUAGUGAAGAAUUUGAUCUUGAUUGUGGAGAAUUCUUAACUACAAUUGAUUAUGUGGAGAAUUAUAAUAUGGAGAAAUUAACUACUAUAGCAGAAAGAUUUAGAACGGAAAAAUUAUUUAUAACUAUGACUAAUUAUAUUGAACUUUCAAAAUUACAAUUCAAUGCUAAAUUGAUAGCUCAAUUCAAUCAAUUUAAACAUAAUCCUGACGAAAGAUUAACGUAUGCUGAUGCUAAACAAAUUCACAAUUCAAUUAAUGAAAGUGGAUUAAAAUUCAAUGAAAUCAUCUUAACUAAUGAAAUCAAUAAGACCGAAGAAUUCAUUAAUCAAUUAUGGUUAGAAAUCGAUCAAGUUAAAAUCAUAACUACUUUAAGUAAAGAUGUUGAUUUAGAUCAUUUGAAUUCAAGAUUAACUAUGAAUACGAAAUUAGUCGAAAAACUUUAUCAAAUCCUUUAUAAAUCAGAAUUCGCUUUAUCAGAAGAUGACAUUUAUGAAAAUUCUUCAUCAUUCAAUGCUAAGUUCUCCAAUGCCGAUGAUGAUAAUGAAAAUGAUCCGGGGGUCAAAUUUUAUUGUUUAUGUCGUGAAUAUGAAUACGGAACUAUGAUUGAAUGUGAUAAAUGUAAUGAAUGGUAUCAUAUUCUGUGUGUGGGAGAACAAGUUAAUAAUGCUGAUGAUGAUAAUUAUUUAUGCCCACUUUGUAAAUUGAUUGAAUCGAAUGAUGGAGAAGAUGUCUAUGUGAGUAAACAAUUCACUUUAUCAAGAUGUUUAGAGUUGAAGAAUUUAUUGGAUACCUUGAAGGUUUAUCCUGGUAAUGAAUCCAGAGUAGUGAAUGAAAUCAAUGAAACGAUUCAGAAGUAUCAACACUCGAUUCGAAAUAAAAUGAUUGAAUUGAAUAAUGUUGAUAAUGAAGUUCCACUUCCUAAAAAGAUAGAUAAGUUAAAAUACUUUUUAAGAAAGAUUUAUGGAAGUGGAGUCUUUUUAAAUGAGUUAUUUGUGGAUGUCUUGAAAUUGGUAAGGGUGAAGGAGGGACAGUAUAAUGCAUGGUUAGCUACUCAAAAGGUAAAUGAAGUUAAGAUAGAGGUUGUCGAUGACUUGCCAACUGAGAAAGUUGAAGAAGUUAAGGUAGAGCCGAUAGUAGAAGCAUCAGCUUCUGAAGCACCUGCAUUUAUAGAACAAAUAAUCUCAAGCCAAGAACCAAAGGUUGUUGAUCUUAUUAGUCCAGAUAUUGCUACACCCGAACCUCCUCAAAUCGAGCAAUCUCCAUUGGACGUUGAACCAGUGGUAAAAGUGGAAACAGAAGUAGCAAAAGCUCCUGCUGAGCCAAUUACUGCUCCUAUUGAAGAAUCAGUUCCAGAAGUUUCUAAUGUUGAACCAUCAACAGUUGUCAAACAACCAAAUGAAGAAGUCAUCAAAGAAUCAGAAGCUGAAGAAUUAGUUGAGAAUCAAGAGGUGGACGUAGAAGCCGUUGAGGAACCUACAUUAGAUGAAGUUUCUAAGGUGAUUCCAUUACAAACUGAAGCAGUUAAACCUGUUAAGGAAGAUGAAGUCAAGGUAGAACAAGAGAUAAAGGAGAUCAACCCUGUUGAUGAAACCACAACUGGAAAAGUUGAAACCAGCAACACUGUAGAAGAGGUCAAAGUACCAGAACCAGUUAUAAUAGAACAAGACACAGAAGAGAAUAAACCAUUGAAUGGACAUGAAUCAAGUAGUUCAACUCAUAUUCAACAGAAUGGAACCAUAAAAGAAGACAUUAUAUCAUCAACAACAUCUCAACCAGGAGAUAAGACAGACAAGGACAAUGUCAUAGUAGAACCCACUACUACAGAAGUAUCAUCAUCAUCAUCAUCAUCAUUAUAGAUGAUGACCCAAUUGUAUAACACCCAUUAAAUAGCAUAAUUAAUAUAAAUUGUAU